AUGGGGGUCUGUGCUUCGACUCAAAUUCCGACCACGAAGAGACUAACCGCCGGCGGAUUCAACCAGAGAGGCUCCACGGCGGUGGCGGAUCGAAUCCGACGGAUGCCCACGAACACCGCCAAGGUGAUCAACGCCGUAGAUGGCCUGCUACAGGAAUUCGCGGCGCCGAUCCAAGCCAAACAGGUGACCUCGAAGAAUCCCAACUGGUUCCUCUGCAACGCAGAGACCAUGUCUGUGGGAGCGUGCCUCUCACGCGCCGCCGAUGAGGAGGAGCUGCAGCCGGGUCAAAUCUACUUCUUGUUGCCGGAGUCGCGUGCCCAGAAGCCCCUUUCGCUACCGGACCUCUGUUCUUUGGCCAUCACGGCCAGCUCGGCCCUCUGUAAAAGUCAACCCGCCACCGUUGACCGGCUGAAUUCUAGUAAAAAGUGUAACGACACCCCGAACUUGAGGAGGAAAUCCCGGUGA